GUUUUCAGACUCACUGCCAUAAUGGAUGAGCAGCAAGCUUUGAAUUCAAUCAUGCAGGAUUUGGCUGUGCUUCAUAAGGCCAGUCGUCCUGUAUUGCCCCAGCAAGAAACAGGAAAACCAAAGUCAUCUUCACCUAAAAAACAGAACGAUGUUAGAGUCAAAUUUGAACAUCGAGGUGAAAAAAGGAUCCUGCAAUUACCAAGGCCUGUUAAACUUGAAGAUCUUGCAGCUAAAGCUAAAGUUGCUUUUGGACAGACUAUGGAUUUACAUUACAGCAAUAAUGAGCUUGUAAUUCCAUUGACCACACAGGAUGACCUGGACAAAGCUGUUGAACUACUUGACCGUAGCGUACAUAUGAAGAGUCUCAAGAUACUGCUUGUGAUACAUGGAAACACACAGUCACCCAAUGUAAAUAACGUGGAACCCUUGCCCUCACUGGAAGAUUUAGAUAAUACAGUGUUUGGUGUGACAGACAGAAAAAGGCGACUGUCUGUAAUAGGUUCUAAUACUCGUGAUAGGAGUUCACCUCCCCCAGGAUACAUUCCAGAUGAGCUGCAUCAGGUGGCUCGAAAUGGGUCCUUCACCAGUAUCAACAGUGAGGGUGAAUUCAUUCCAGAAAGUAUGGAUCAGAUGCUGGAUCCAUUGUCUUUGAGCAGUCCUGAAAACUCUGGCUCAGGAAGCUGUCCCUCACUUGACAGCCCGUUAGAUGGGGACAACUAUCCCAAGUCUCGGAUGCCAAGAGCACAGAGCUAUCCAGAUAAUCAUCAGGAAUUCUCAGAGUAUGAUAUCCCAAUAUUUGAGAAAUUUGGAAAGGGAGGGACUUAUCCUAGAAGAUAUCAUAUUUCAUAUCAUCAACAAGACUACAAUGAUGGUCGUAAAACUUUUCCAAGAGCCAGGAGGACUCAGGGGAACAGCUUCCGAUCACCAGUUAGCUUCAGUCCCACUGACCACUCGCUGAGCACCAGCAGCGGGAGCAGCGUCUUUACGCCGGAAUACGAAGAUAACCGAAUGAGGAGGAGGGGCAGUGACAUAGACAAUCCCACCCUGUCAGUCAUGGACAUCAGCCCUCCCAGCCGCUCACCACGAGCUCCAACCAACUGGAGACUUGGCAAACUGCUGGGUCAAGGUGCAUUUGGCAGAGUAUAUCUGUGUUACGAUGCUGAUACUGGAAGAGAACUGGCUGUUAAACAAGUUCAGUUUGAUCCCGAUAGUCCUGAAACCAGCAAGGAAGUAAAUGCACUUGAGUGUGAGAUUCAGUUGCUGAAAAAUCUUCUGCAUGAAAGAAUUGUUCAGUAUUAUGGCUUCUUGAGAGAUCCACCUGAAAGGACACUCUCAAUAUUCAUGGAGUACAUGCCUGGGGGUUCCAUCAAAGACCAAUUGAAAUCGUAUGGAGCACUCACAGAGAAUGUGACUCGUAAAUACACACGGCAGAUUUUGGAAGGAGUUCACUAUUUGCACAGUAAUAUGAUUGUCCAUCGAGAUAUUAAAGGAGCAAAUAUUCUGCGGGACUCAGCAGGCAAUGUGAAGCUUGGUGACUUCGGUGCCAGCAAACGCCUGCAGACGAUCUGUCUCUCUGGUACAGGAAUGAAGUCUGUCACAGGAACUCCCUACUGGAUGAGCCCUGAAGUUAUUAGUGGAGAAGGGUACGGCAGAAAAGCAGACAUCUGGAGUGUAGGUUGCACAGUGGUAGAAAUGCUCACUGAGAAGCCCCCAUGGGCAGAGUUCGAAGCCAUGGCUGCCAUCUUUAAAAUUGCCACUCAGCCAACCAACCCCCAGCUCCCUCCUCACGUCUCCGACCACGCUCGGGAUUUCUUGAAACGGAUUUUUAUCGAGGCCAAGCUGCGACCGUUUGCAGAUGAACUGCUGAGACACACGUUUGCACACUAUCACUAACACCUGCCUCAACUCAGCUUGCAUCUACUGCAUUUAUUUUCUAUUUGACUGCACUUUUAUUUUUUAUUUUUUACAAAGAAAAUGGAGAAAAAAGACAAGAGAGAGAAUAUUCUCUUGAAUCUUUGUUUCACUUAGAUUGUAAACAAUCUAAAUUUUGUAUCUAAAAUGAGAGUCUUCUCUUCCCCCCCUCCCACCAGGACUAGAACUUUUUGUUUCUAUAAUGUACUGAUGUGGUUGAUGUAGAUAAAGCACUUUAGUACAUAUUUGUUCCUUAUUUAAAGAGGAAAAAAAUUACAAAUGCUUGGACAGUCAGGAACUGUGUGACUUUUUCUGACACCGCUGACUGACUCAGGGUGCAGGGAAAAAUAGACAUGCAGCUAAAGGACAAGGUUGCUUCUAUGUGAUUCUUAUCUAUUUUGUAGGUACUUGCAGCAGAGAGUUCUAAGUUCUUAUUAUAUUUUAGCAGUUAAUCAGUUUUGGGAAUUUACAGUUUAAGCAGGAACAUGCAGUUCUGAGAGUUAAUUGAUGAAGCUGGAAGAACUUAGAACUCUUUGUACAGCAGCAUGUCUAGCUGGUACUUCUAUGUGACCAAAAUAAAAUAACAAAAACAAGCUCAAA